AUGGUCAAGCAAAUGCAUGAUGUUGACAAUGGGUCUAUAAUCCGAUCUCUAACUCUCGACACACCUAGACAGGUCGAGGAAAUUGGAAUGAAAGACUCAACAGUGGAGGAUUUGAGGGAAUUGCUGAAUGCUUCUCCGCUGACCAGUCGUAUCUGCACGCCCUCCUCAACUGCAAGCAUCUGUGCCUCUUCCAUUCUCACUCACGCCACACAGAGGAGUAGUGAGACCUCAGCCAACCUCUCCCUGUCAGGUUUAGAUGGCGGAUGUGAAGGAAAAACCGUGCAUGGUUAUAGUAGUGAGGCUGAAGAUCCUUCUCUCUACAAUCCUGUCGAAAAUGAACGAGAUGACACUAGAGGAAUUGAGAACACAGUCCAAAUUCAAGCCUGUGGGAUCGGCAAUACAAGUGUUGGUGAUACCGUCGCCUUCAGAUUCCAGGGAAGUGACCGUGAGAAUACUUUGGAUUGGUCACCUCCAAAGGAACUUCAGACAUUUCGAUUCAGACACUCGUCAGACUCGUACCUUCUGAAGUCUCUUGACAUCAACAACUCCGCGCAAUCCAACAGUCGAUCUGUCUCUCUUCCAGCCCGUUGCGCGGAUGAAAUGGCUUCUUGCUUCUUGCGAUGGAGCGGGGAGACGCUGGAGGAGUUCAUUCGCGGCGUGGAAGUUGCUGAUACCAAAGUUGACAACAAGGUGAGGUGGCUAGCGGUUCUCCAGCAACCAGAUACAGUUGCAUUCCUUGGGCGGUGGCCUUCUCCUACAACUUUGAAAGCCUUCAUGCGAAUGCAUCAUCUUGAGUGGGUCGUUCGGGUGCGCGGCAAAUGGGAUUGGGAGUCCAAGGUAGCCGGCGCCCAAGAGUCUGCUCACUGCAGCGACACUGGACAUGAAGAGCCUCCGGUCGAGAAGUCUCCUGACGGCAGCAUUGGCCAGGACGGUCUUGCCAUUGUUGAAGUCGAAGACACUAUUGAGAAGCAUGGUGUUAACAACGUCCUCGAACCCGAAGAUAUUGCUCACCAGGUUCCCACGGACGGGUUUACCGGAGAUCGACUAGUCCCUGAGCACUCAAAGGCGAAGGAGCCUGCUACAGAAGAUUUUGUUGCUAAGGAUUCUUCAGCUGCAGUCUCGGGCACUCCUUCCUGGUCUGCCACUCCGAUCCUUGUGGGCGCCGCAGCCUCUGCAAUUCUCAUUUCCGCCUUCUGUCCAGCCCUCGCGGCUGUGAUGCUUUACGGCGGCAUUUCACAUGUCAAGUCUAGGUUGUGGCGAUAG